GACAACUGUUCCCUUAGUUUUUACUCCAGCUUUAUUUAUAAAGUCAUCCCUGUUGUUUUCUCGUAAGACUUCCACCUCUCUUCCCCAGAGAACAGUGAGAGAGAGAGAGAUGACAAGCAGCAUGCAUCAUGAAGUUGAUGAUCAAAUGAUACUUAUUUCUCAGUACUAUCCUGGCAUAUACACCCAACUAGUACCAGAACAAGGAGAGGCUAAACCGAGAAGAAGACGCAAGAAAAACAAAGGAUCAGAGGGUAGCAGUGGGGGAGUGAGGAAGAGGAAGCUGAGUGAAGAACAAGUUAAUCUUCUUGAGCAGAACUUUGGAGAUGAACACAAGUUGGAGUCUGAGAGAAAGGAUAAGCUUGCUUCUGAGCUUGGUCUUGAUCCACGCCAAGUUGCUGUUUGGUUUCAGAACAGGAGGGCCAGAUGGAAGAGUAAGAAGCUGGAGGAGGAGUACUCCAAGUUGAAGACAGACCAUGAGAGCACUGUUGUCGAGAAAUGCCGGCUUGAAACUGAGGUGUUGAAGCUCAAGGAAGAGCUUUCUCAAGCAGAGAGGGAGAUCCAACUGUUAAUGGAGCGCUGCGAUGGGGUUUCAAGCAACAGCCCGAGUUCAUCGUUGUCAAUGGACGCCAUGGGACCACCUUUUCUUGGGGAGUUUGGGAUGGAAGGACUGGAAAAGGCCUUUGACCUGCUGGAAAACAAUUACAUUAUUCAUGGAUUGGAGUGGGUUAAUCUUUAUGAUAUGUGAUUAAUUAAUAAUAAUAAUAAUAAUAAAAGCAUUCUAGAUAUAUGUAGAUAGUAUUAGUGACCAUCUAUUGUACAUCUUUUUUCCUUGUUUUCUGGC